ACAAAAAGGUUGUCAAGAAGAUCUUGAAGGAAGGAGAGGGAUAUGAGUGACCAAACGAGGGAGCUGUUGUCAGUGUGAAAUUGAUUGGGAAACUGCAAGAUGGCACACUUUUCCUCAAGAAGGGAUACGAUGAUGUAGAACCCCUUGAGUUCAAAACCGAUGAAGAGCAAGUUAUUGAUGGUAUUGAUAGAGCUGUGAUUACAAUGAAAAAGGGUGAGGUUGCACUACUGACCAUAUCACCAGAGUAUGCUCUUGGUUCAUCUGAGUCAAAACAGGAUUUGGCUGUGGUACCUCCUAACUCAACUUUGUAUUAUGAGUUACAGUUGGUAUCUUUUGACAAGGAAAAGGAGUCUUGGGACAUGAACACCCCAGAAAAGAUUGAAGCUGCUGGUAAGAAGAAGGAAGAAGGAAAUGCAUUGUUCAAGGCUGGCAAAUACACUAGAGCUUCCAAGAGAUAUGACAAGGCUGUUAAGUAUAUUAAUUAUGAUUCUGCCUUCAGUGAAGAAGAGAAGAAGAAGGCUAAGGUGCUGAAGUUCACUUGCAAUCUGAACAAUGCGGCUUGCAAACUGAAGUUGAAGGAUCACAAGCAAGCUGAAAAACUAUGUACUAAGGUACUAGAUUUAGAAAGCACGAAUGUGAAAGCCUUGUAUAGAAGGGCACAGGCUUAUAUCCAGCUGGCAGACUUGGAUUUGGCAGAGUUUGAUAUCAAAAAAGCUCUUGAAAUCGAUCCUGAUAAUAGGGAAGUUAAGCUGGAAUAUAAAAUUUUGAAGGAGAAGAUCAAGGAGUACAACAAAAAGGAGGCCAAAUUUUAUGGCAACAUGUUUGCCAAAAUGAAUAAGUUAGAGCUUCUUGACUCCAAUAAGUCAGCUGCUAAUGAAGGAACCCACGAGCAUAGAUAGCAAGGCAUAGGCGGAGGGUGCAAGCGCCUGAAUUGUGCUCUUCAAAUAGAGUUAAUGCCUAGUUUGCAAAGGUUUUUAAUUUUUGUUCUAGUUGUGAGGCACGUUAUCAUUUGCACAGGGAGUUAACUAAUUAAGUUAUGGAUUCUUCAUUGUCUGGGGACUGUCCACAUAAAUCUUUCAGGGAAUGUGUUUCUAAGUCUGGUCUGCCCAAAAUAAUGCAGUCUGGGCUAGAAAAUGCGGAAGUAUCCUUAUUGGAUCUUCUAUUUUUAGAUCAUCAAGGAAUUCUGUUGAUUUCACUCAAAUCUUUUAUAGACAGAUUUAUUUCGGACACAUUAAUUGGAAAAACGAACUGCCUGGUUUUGAAUUCCACUAAAGUAUUUAAGGAUGU